AUGCCUCUACACGUGCAGAGUCCUGAUGGCGAAGAGACCGCCGGCCAGCGAAAGGACCAUUUCGAAGCCCCCGUACAACUAACUCGACCCGUAAACCUAGCCAUGCGAAACCGCGUUCCACGCUACCUCUUCCGCGCCUUUGACGAAUCCAGCGGCGGCGGCCGCGAAUUAUCCGUCAUCAACGCAACCGAGAUCAUACCCCGAGGCUACAUGAACCGCCGGCAAGUCACCGGGUUUUACGAAAAACAGGAGAAAGAACUGCAUGCCAUGGUGCAAGCCCACUUCUCCGCCGACGAAGACGUUCUGACUGAGUUCAGCUCGUGGGCUGCUUCUCUCCACACAGUUCUCUGCUAUGCGUAUACUUGCUCCCUGUCGUGUAGGGAGGUUCACGUUGCUGUGAUUGAUCGCGAGAGGCUGCAUGGCGAGGUGAGGAUUUGGUGGGUGCCGCAUCUUUUGGAUCCGGGUGAGUAUCAUGGCGAGCAUGAGUAUUUGGCGCAUGGGUGUAUCCGGGGGCCGGGAUAUACGGCGGUGCCCUUUAAGAAUCUGAUGGUUGGUGGGCUUUGCCCUACUGUCUUUCCUGAACUCACGGGUUGGGGGAAGGGGAGGUCUCCCGACUUCGGCGACGGAUUGAGAGACAAGAUGUUUGGGGAGGAGUUGGUCGGAUACUACGACUAUCAGACUGAACGUAUCAAGCAAAUAGGCAAGUUGUUUGGAGACCUCUCUUCGCCGGUCAUGCUCGCGUUGCUGACUCUGAGGCCGCGAUACCUUGCUCAAGCUUCUGUGCCUGUCAAUGAUGAGGCAAUGGCGCAAGAAGAUUUUGUGGACUGGCUGAUUAUAGCGUUGGACAUUCAACCUCUUGAUUUCGAUCCCGAAGAGGAAGAUUGGUGUCAGCGAGGGGUGGUUUACACACGCGAAGAGGGCGAUUGGAAGGCUUAUCCGGAUGUUGAACAGUGGAUCAAACUGCUUCGUUUGAUCGGCGAGCGUCAGUCUCGACAAAGCGCAGAAGAAGAGAAGAGGAGUGGAAUUGAUGGUGAAGAGGAAAGCGAUGUUCACGAUGGAACUAUGCAAGACCGGUUAACAGAGUCUGAUUUGCAGGAUCUGGACGAGGAAGAUUUGGACGAGGAGAUGUUGAGCGAUGAGGAGCUGGACGAUGAAUCGGAUGUUGAAGAUUGA